AUGUAUGGUGAUGUGAUCGACGAACAACUUAAGAAAGGGAUAAUUGAAGAGGUUGAUAAACGUAUUACAAGAGCUGGUCUCAUACACUAUAUCCCUCAUCAUGCAGUUGUUACGCCAACAAAAUCAACAACUAAACUGCGUAUUGUGUAUGACGCAUCCGCAAGAGCAAAACAAAGCGACAGAAGUUUGAACGAAAACUUGUAUAGAGGUCCGGUGAUGUUACAUGACCUCUGUGGUAUGCUCAUGAGGUUUCGGCUUCAUAAAAUUGCAUUGGUAGCCGAUAUAGAGAAAGCGUUCUUACAAAUAGGUCUUCAGCCUAUUGAUAGAGAUGUGACUCGUUUCUUGUGGAUUAAAGACUUCAAUAAACCAGUUACAGAGAAAGACAACAUUACCGAAUAUCGGUUUUGUCGAGUGCCAUUUGGAGUCAUAUCAUCUCCAUUUUUGCUUGGAGCAACCGUUGAAUAUCAUCUAGAAUCUUUUGGUACUCAGAUAGCUGAGAAGAUAAAAAACGACAUUUAUGUUGACAAUUUAGUAACUGGUACAGAAACUAUAUCAGAAGCGAUCAAUAUGUAUCAAGAAGGAAAAUCGAUGUUCGAUGAAAUCUCUAUGAACUUGCCAGAAUGGAUCACAAAUGAUGAACAAUUUAAUGCAUUCAUUCAGAAUAAGGACAGAGCAAACCACCGCGUAAUGAAAGUGCUUGGACAUAAUUGGGAUACAGAAACAGAUGAACUUUCAAUAAAGUCAUCUGUAAUGGUACAAGAUACAGAAAUGAAAGAAACAAAGCGUAGUGUCCUAAAAACUGUUGCAUCAAUUUUCGAUCCACUUGGUUCGUAUUCUCCCACUAUCUUACAAGCAAAGGCGUACUCGUGUUGUGUCUAUCUCCACCAAGAAAACAGUUGUGGAACUAAAGCGGAGCUAAUAUUUGCUAAAGCAAGACUUGCUCCGGUGAAGAAAUUGACAAUUCCAAAACUGGAAUUAAUGGCUGUUCUAAUUGGAGUUCGCUGUUUACAGUUUGUGAUAAAGCAGUUGAGACUCGAUCUCGAUCAAUAUUUUUUAUGGACAGAUUCUCAAUGUGUGCUACACUGGAUACGUUCGAAAAAGGACAUCGGUAUUCAUCAGAAACAGAGUAACAGAAAUCAACACACACACAAAGAUAUCACAUUUGGAUACGUAACGACAUCUGAAAACCCAGCCGGUGUCGCGUCUCGUGGUGUUAACAUAGAUACAUUACAAAAUAGUGAUAUUUGGUGGCAUGGACCAAAAUGGUUGUCUUUGGUAAAAUCAGAAUGGCCUCAUUCGGAUUGUGGCGAGUAG